AUGGAUAAUAAAGAGUACGUGGAAGCCCUCGUACCUUUUCAAGAAGGUGUUCCUGCUUGGGACUUGAAUCUCAACAAGGAAAAGUACCUACUUAAGGAUUCCAAAAAAUCAGAAUUCGAUCUUGAAGGUACGAUAAAGAGGUUCCAGCAUUUGCUGAAUCUAAGUGGACUAUUUCGUCACUUCAUUGAGCGUAAGGCCGCAAAAGACGCCAAGUUUCAGCGAGUUUUGAGCAUUUUAGACAAUCCAACGGGAGGUAAAGGCUCAAAAAACGGAGUUCAUCACGACAUAAGAAGACGGAAAACCGAGCGGGAAGAGGAUGCAGAACUUCUGCGAGAAGAGGAAGAUGAGGUUGAUGGGGAAAUCGAGUUCCGUUUUACUGAAUCACCACCUUUUAUCAACGGAUCGCUUAGACCGUACCAGAUCCAAGGUGUGAACUGGCUGGUGCAAUUGCACAAAAAUGGUCUAGCUGGGAUCUUGGCCGACGAAAUGGGUCUGGGGAAAACAUUACAGACUAUAUCGUUCUUGGGGUACCUGAGGUACGUGGAAAAAACACCAGGCCCAUUUUUGGUCAUCGCUCCAAAGUCCACGCUGAACAAUUGGCUCAGGGAAAUCAACAGGUGGACCCCUGAAGUUAGAGCAUUUAUUCUACAGGGUGAUAAAGAAGAGAGAGCAAAAUUAGUUUCCGGAAAGCUUUUGGCUUGCGACUUCGAAAUCGUCGUAGCAUCCUACGAGAUCAUCAUCAAAGAAAAGAGCUCGUUCAAGAAAAUUGACUGGCAGUACAUUGUGAUUGAUGAAGCGCACAGAAUCAAAAAUGAGGAGUCUUUACUGUCGCAAGUCCUCAGAGAAUUUUCCUCUCGCAACAGACUGCUAAUCACUGGUACUCCAUUGCAGAAUAAUUUACAUGAGCUCUGGGCCCUAUUAAAUUUCUUGCUCCCAGACGUAUUCUCUGAUUCUCAAGCUUUUGAUGAUUGGUUCUCCGCCGAAUCGACGGAAGAAGACAAAGAAAAAGUGGUUAGACAGUUGCACACUGUUCUUCAACCAUUUUUGCUGCGUAGACUGAAAAACGAAGUGGAAACAUCUCUUCUACCCAAAAAAGAGCUAAAUCUUUACAUUGGUAUGUCCACGAUGCAGAAAAAAUGGUACAAGCAGAUUUUAGAAAAAGAUAUUGACGCUGUGAAUGGAUCUAAUGGAGUGAAAGAGUCCAAGACCAGACUACUGAACAUCAUGAUGCAACUAAGAAAAUGCUGUAAUCACCCAUAUCUUUUUGACGGUGCCGAACCAGGCCCUCCAUAUACUACAGACGAGCAUUUGAUAUACAAUUCUGCCAAAGUGAAAGUUCUGGAUAAGCUCUUGAAGAAAUAUAAAGAGGAAGGUUCUCGAGUGUUGAUUUUCAGCCAAAUGUCGAGGGUUCUGGACAUUAUGGAGGAUUAUUGCUUCUUCAGAGAAUAUCAGUACUGCAGAAUCGACGGUUCUACAGCACAUGAGGAUAGAAUUGAAGCGAUUGACGAGUACAAUGCACCCGAUUCCAAAAAGUUUGUGUUUUUACUGACGACCCGUGCUGGUGGCUUGGGUAUCAACUUGACGACUGCGGAUGUUGUUGUUUUAUUUGAUUCUGACUGGAAUCCUCAGGCCGAUUUACAAGCUAUGGAUAGGGCGCAUCGAAUUGGGCAGAAAAAGCAGGUCAAAGUCUUUAGAUUAGUGACCGAUAACUCGGUUGAGGAGAAGAUUUUGGAAAGAGCCACUCAAAAGUUAAGAUUAGACCAGCUGGUCAUUCAACAGGGUAGAGGUGCUGCAAACAAUAAGGAAGUGAAGAAAAACGAUACAAAGGAUGCUCUAUUGACUAUGAUUCAACAUGGAGCCGCUGAUGUGUUCAACUCCAACAGCGAAGCUUCCAGCAGCAAGGGAACACCACAGCCAAAUUCUGCUGGCGAUGUUGACGGAGAUUUGGAUUUAGACGCUCUUCUUUCCAAAUCGGAAGAUAAAACGCAGUCUUUGAAUCAAAAGUACGAGGCGCUCGGACUAGAUGAUUUGCAAAAAUUCAACCAGGACUCGGCUUACGAAUGGAAUGGCAAAGACUUCAAGAAAACCACGCACAAGGAAAUUAUAAGUCCAAGUCUUAUGAACCCCACAAAGCGUGAGCGGAAGGAAAACUAUAACAUCGAUGGUUAUUACAAGGACAAGUUGAAUCCCGGCAGGUCCACCACUCCGGCUCAACCGCGGAUGCCAAGGCCGCAGCCGUUCAACAGUCAUCAGCUUCUGUCGCCGCAACUAAAAGUUCUUUAUGAGAAAGAAAGAAUGUGGAACACCAAGAAAAACAACUAUGUGCCAACGAUGGAUGAUGUGAAGAAUACUUAUGGGGACAUUGCGGACGAAGAGGAGCGACAGAAGAAGUUGAACUUACUGUUACUGUCAGUGAGCAACGCCCAACCGCUGAGCGAAGAGGAAGUGAAACAGAAGGCCGAACUGGAGGCAGAAGGAUUUACGAACUGGAACAAGAACGAUUUCCGUAAAUUCAUAGCAUCUUGUGGCAAAUACGGCAGAAACUCGAUCAAGGCGAUUGCGUUGGAUUUUGCACCACAUAAGACCGAGCAAGAGGUGCGGGACUACGCCAAGGCGUUUUGGGCCAACAUACAGCGUGUGGAGGACUAUGAGCGGUAUAUCAAAAACAUCGAGGCGGAAGAGGAAAGGAUCAGACGCACGAAGCUGCAGCAGGAAUCGCUGCGCCGCAAGAUUGCGCAGUGCACCAACCCAUUGUUCGAUCUGAAACUCAAACAUCCACCUUCCAACAACAACAAGCGUGUUUUCUCGGAAGAAGAAGACAGGUUCUUGUUGUUGAUGCUAUUCAAGUACGGCAUCGACCGCGAAAACGUGUACGAGCUGAUCCGGGACGAGAUUCGUGAUUGUCCGCUGUUUGAGCUGGAUUUUUUCUUUCAGAGUCGUACGCCUAUUGAGCUGAAUAGACGAGCGAUAACGCUGUUGCAGUGUUUGGAGAAGGAGUUCAAUGCCGGGGUGGUGUUGGACGAUGCGAUGAAGCACCGUUUAGCAGAGGAGGACCAAAUUGCAGAAAAAAUGGCAGAGGCGGAAAACGCUGUUGACCAGACCAAUGGAAAUGGAAAUGGAACCCACAAUGCCGAACACGAUGCAGACGUGAAUGGCUAUGGCAAACGCGAGUCAUCUGCAGAAGCUGAUGCUGAAGCUGGAGCCAACAUCGAAGGCCACGAAAAUUCCUCAGCCAAAAGGGCCCAACUGGACGACGUACGAGCCUAG